ACCCUAACUCCAAUUUUUCCAAUUGAAACUAAACAAAAAAAUAAUGGAAAAGAAUGAAAAAUUAAAUACCUUCUUUCACGUUUUAUAGAAUAAAAGCUUGUGGAAGCAUCCGUUUCACGUUUAUAUAGAAUCUUCCCCAAUUUUUUAUUCAUCCUUUUUUAUGCGAUAUCCUAUACUAUCAAGACCUCACCUCCGUUUUUUCUAAAGUACGAGAAGAUGAAACAGAUUUCAGAUGAUAGUCUUUAUGAUUCACCCCUUUCUGAACCUCCAAAUUUAAAUAAUUGGUUUUCGAGCUACGUCUAUGAAUCACCAAUGCUGGAUACAAGUGAUGAUCUUGGAUUGUUUGUUUUUGGAAAAGAUGAAUGUAUAAAAGAGACGAUAAUCGAGAAAGAGAUCACAAAUUUUGAAAGUACAAUCGAUGUUGAUGAGGAUCUUGAUCAGUUAAUCGUUGACGAGAGUGACAUUGAGGAAGGAAAAGAAAACACUACUAGUCUUUUUCGAUUUACUAAGAAGGAAAAAGCUGUUUAUCUUGCCAUGGUAAACUCAAAGGAUUACAAGGAGAAAUUAGCUGCCCACAAAGAAAAAGCUGCUUAUCUUGCCAUGGCAAACUCAAAUGAUUACAAAGAAAAAUUAGCUGCCCACAAAAAUGGCACUACAACAACAAUAACCGAUGAAACGGAAGUAAUUUUCUUGAGAAACCGAGUUAAAUGUCUAGAAGACGAAGUAAGAAAAUUGAAUGAUACUAUUAAUCGUUUAGUUAGUUCCAAUACCGACUAUAAAAGGGAUUAAGUGUUAGACACGAGAUGGAUAGACAUGAAGCAAGCUUGAAAUGGAUGUUUUAUUAUAAGUUCAAAUUGUUAUCUAUUUUAUAAAACAAUAAAAUCAUUUUAAGUUUUAAAGAUAAUUAUGAAUUGUGAAAGAUGUAAUCGAUUAUUUUAUUUUAUUUUUAAUUAUUUUCUAAAA